CUAUGGGGGUCCCGGGUCCAUUGGCGGGGGCCCCGGGCGCCCAGCCCUCCACUCGGGGGCAGCCUUGGAGUCUGGGUCCGGGACCGGGACCCAGACGUCAGUCCGCCUCCAGCCAGUGUUGUAUGAGUGUUGUUGCAGCUGCUGCUCCUCAUUCUCUUGCAUUAUGUCUCAAACUUUGGCUAAUAUGAUUGCUGAUAACAAUACGCACUUCUUCGAGGGAGUGGAGAAGCUGAUGGAAGUGUGGUUCACUCGGAAGGAUGGAAUAACUCUGAACUGUGAUCUGAGGAAAAUACCAAGAUCACAGAUUGAAACAGUGAUGCAGGUGGUGAAGUGCGAGAUCAUCUCAACCACUUCUACUGAUGAGUUGGAUGCUUAUGUGCUCAGCGAGUCGAGCAUGUUUAUCUCAUCUCGGCGCUUUAUACUGAAGACAUGUGGCACAACUACCCCCCUGUGUUGUCUUCCAUUAUUGAUAUCUUUGGUGCAGGAGUAUGCAGGAUAUGACUCAGUUCAGGACCUGUACUUUUCACGGAAGAACUUCAAGCGUCCUGAGCUUCAAGUGUCUCCUCAUCGCACUUUUGAAGAAGAGGCCUCAAUCUUGGACCAGUUCUUUCCAGGUGGCCGAGCAUAUUGCAUGGGGAGUGUGAACCGAGCUGAUUGUUGGUAUCUGUAUACUGUAUCACCAGGUCGUCAACGAUACCGUCCUAAUGCAGCCCGCCAUAACCUCCCUCAUAAUAGAGUUGGGAAGACACACCGGGAACCUGAUGAAACACUGGAGGUGCUGAUGAUGGACCUGGAUCCUGAGAAGAUGAAGUGGUUCUACAAGGAUGUAUGUGCAACUGCUGCUGAAGCCACCAAGAAAUCUGGCAUUGAUCGGCUAAUUCCCGAUAUGAUAAUUGAUGACUACCAGUUUGACCCAUGUGGAUACUCCAUGAAUGGCCUGAUGCGCAGUGUGCCUGGAGGAUACAUGACAAUCCACAUCACACCUGAACCAGAGUUUUCAUAUGUUUCCUUUGAGACCAACGUUCCUCAGAAGUCCUACAAGGACCUUAUUGCUCGUGUGGUUUCUACCUUUGGACCCAAGCAGUUUGUGCUGACCUUCUUCACAAGUGUGGAGAAUGAUGCAAGCCUUGGCAUAGAUGAUGACAACUGCAGUGUGCCACAGUACUCCGAUUAUGAUGUUGAUGAUAUUCAGAUCUGUCGUCUUCAGGGGUAUGACCUGACUUAUGCCCUCUACAAUAGGUUCCCAAGUUAGGGAAUCGUCCCCCAUGGUGGGCAGAAUGAGACUCUCUUGACCUCUGGCACUAAUUCAGAAAGUUACCCUGCUGAGCACCUCUCUCUCGUAGCUGGCUGUAUUACAAAAUCCAGGCAUACAGUAGAGUGGAGGUACUCAAAGGGGAGAAAAAGUAUUCCAUUUAAGUGCCAUCAUUAUGUAAUGUCAAGAGGAUGCCAACUGCUCCAGUUCAUCUAUUUUAUCUUUCUUGGGAUAGUUGUCCCUGUUAUAGGUAGACUAGCUUUAGUGCAAAAGUCAGCUGCAUAUUCCAAGAAAAAUAUUGCUUACAAUAUUGCCACAUAUAGGCAUUUGCCACUUAGCAAUAUAUCUAGAAAAGUUUCUAACAUAAGAUGGAAUCAGUUCCAUGCUUGUGUGGAGUGUGACACUCAUCCAUAUUUGGUUUUUGAGUUCAGGCCAUCCUGCCACCCGAGUAGAAUUUUCCUCUGGUGGCAGGAUGUGUACUCCUGAGUUAGCCUUUUCUAGAAAUCUUGAUGAUCAGCUUAUAACCACUCUUGUGGCAGAAACAGCCACCUCAGUCCUCUCAGGAUGAUCAUUCAUGCACAGCAACAGUACGUUGCUUCCGCAUUCUGCAGAUACAGUGCAGAGGCAUCCUGGUAUAGGAUGAAAUUCCAUGUGGAUAUGACCAGGUUCUUUAUGCAAGACCUGGCUCUGGUGACACUCGAAGCUGUAGAUCAGUGUUCUUACAGCUAGAAGAAGGCAGUCAGGAGCACAGUGGAGUGAUUGGUAUGGUAGCACCAUGGCAUCACACUAUAGGAUAAACUUAAGUGCACACUACUUAUUCUAAAUGUAGCAUCAUUAUGUUUAUUGGUAGUCAUUAUCAGUCCUUUUCUCAGUAUUAAUGAAUGAGCAUCAGUCAUUAAUGCUGUUAUUUGUGGUAUCUUUGAGGUUCAUGACUAUUUUCUUGGGCCUUUAUUAUUUCAAUACUGUAAGUUUCAGAUAAGCAGAACUCCAGUUACAUUAUAAUUACUUAUUGUAAGAACAUAGAAUCAUGGCAGCUCAUUAUAAGAGAUAUGGUCUUCGUUCAACAAACUGGCCGUAUCCCACUGAAUAUUAAGGUACACCAAGAUUAAAAAAAAAAAAAAUGUACACAGUGGUCCUUGGGGUUAUGAUUUAACCUCGAGAAA